CCUUCCUGUUCCCGUGUUCCGUUCCGUCCCGUCCCUGCUCGACUUCUCGCGUCCCGACGUCGCCUCAAUCUCGAAGCCUCUCCGGCGCAGCCGCCGCAAUCUCGACUCCAAGGCCUCUCCGACCAAAAUUCAUCUAGGGUUUUCGCUUCGUCCGUCGCGAUGGGCUCCAAGAAGCGGUCGCCCCAGCAUCCCGCGUCCCCAGCCGGCGGAGAGGUCGGUGCUCAGGCGGCGGGGAAGGCCACGCCGGUGACGGCGGCGCCGGAAACGGCGCCCGUGGCGGUGGUGCCGAAGCCUCCCGACGUGGCGCCAUUCCUGACCAAGGUCUACGACAUGGUCUCCGACCCGGCCACCGACGCGGUCAUCUCCUGGAGCGCCGGCGGCGGCAGCUUCGUGAUCUGGGACUCGCACGUUUUUGAGCGCGACCUGCUUCCGCGACACUUCAAGCACAACCACUUCACCAGCUUCAUACGCCAGCUCAACACCUACGGAUUUCAUAAAGUUGAUCCAGAUAGAUGGGAAUGGGCCAAUGAAGGUUUUAUUAAGGGCCAAAAACAUCUUCUGAAGACCAUCAAGAGAAAGAAGAAAUCCUCUCAGGAUGUACCUAGUGAUCUGCAGUCGGUGCCUGUCAAAACUGCACCUGGCACUGAGAAUAUCGAGAUAGGAAAAUAUGGAGGCCUUGAAAAGGAGGUUGAGACACUUAAGAGGGACAAGGCCCUUCUAAUGCAGCAGCUUGUAGAUUUAAGGCAGUACCAGCAAACAUCUAGUCUUGAAGUGCAGAGUUUAAUUCAACGCCUCCGUGUGAUGGAACAGAACCAGCAGCAGAUGAUGGCACUUUUGGCAAUAGUUGUCCACAAUCCGGAUUUCCUCAACCAGCUCGUGCAGCAGCAGUGCAGGAGUAACUGGUGGAAUGAUGAUGGGAACAGGAAAAGAAGGUUCCAAGCUUUGGAACAUGGCCCUGUAGAUGAUUCUGAGACUUCUGGUGGAGGCGCGCAAAUUAUUCAAUAUUGUCCUCCUGUUCCUGAAACUUCCAAUCAACCAACACCAGCAAAUGAAGCUUUCUGUUCAAGCCCUGUACAAUCAGUUUCAAGCCAUGCACUUGAGAUGCCCAUGGAUGUAGAAAUGGCUUCAAACAAUGUUGGUACACUUGAUUCAACUGGGAAUGAUUUUACUGACACCUCUGCUCUAUGUGAAUGGGAUGACAUGGAUAUAUUUGGUGGCGGACUAGAGCACAUCCUUCAACAGACAGAGCAAGACUUUCAAGUGGACCCUCUAACAAUUGAAGAUUACGGUUAUGACCGUCCAUGGUUAGAGCAGGACUGCCAGGUAGAAGCGCAACAGAAUUGCAAAAAUCCUCAAUAUGCUGAUGUCAUAACUGAAGCAUGAGCGGUGGUCCCAGAGAAUUUUGUCCAAUAACAUUUGUGGUGAACAGAAUCUUGAGACUGGCAGGUUAGCCACCAUUGGGAACCUGAAGACCGGGAUUGCUCAGAAUUUACUAUACUGAUACUAAAAAAAUACAGUAACUCAUAUUGGUAAGGCAUAAUUCGUUUUUCGUAUUCGCUCGAUCAAGGCAACAGGACAAGGGUUUUGUUUUUGUCCCAGGUCUCAUUGUCCUAGCCACACCCAUAACACAAGGUAGCAUUGCUCAUGUUGUAUAGAAUAUCGUAUUGGAUGAAUGAAGCACUUUUGAACUUU